AUGUCUUUCAGCGAGGAGGAAAAUUACGAGAACUCCCUAGGCGGAGGGUAUGGUGAUGAGUUUGUUGAAGCCGACAGAGGUCAGGAAUUUGAUAAUGAGAAUCCUUUGACACCCUAUCAAGUUCAGCGACCGGCAAACUAUUUUACCCCGCCCCAACCUCAACGCCGGAUGCCUAUACAACUUGCCACAAUCCACACGGGUGCUUUAGAUGUUCGUCAAGAGCCCUCACAAGGACCUGCGCCUCGCGUUCCAUCAACCUCUGCAGUUCCUCAAGAGUCUUCAAACCCAGAGAUUAGCGGCAGCCCAGAUCAAGGAAGCAUUCUUUCAAGCCCAGAGAUUAGCGGUAGCCCAGAUCAAGGAAGCAUUCUUUCAAGCCCAGAGGCUAGCGGUAGCCCAAAUGAAGAAAAUGCCCCUUCAACUCCUCAAGAGCAAAGAAGCCCCUCAGCCGUUCCUCAAAGUCCUUCCAUGUCAAAUGACAGCGUGCAAGAUGUUCCGAGUCCAACAGUCGAAUCUGAUAUCGAAGAUAGCUCACCAACAGAUAUCCAGCAUGCAGGUAGAACAGGUGCUGACUUAAUGCCAAGUAUCGAGUCGCCAGACGUCGAAGAUGAGAAAGAUUCCCAGGCUGCUCUUGACCAUGGCAGAAGUCAAGUGGUAGCAAACGAUUUGUACAAUGUGACUCCUCAAAGAUCUAUUUGCGCACCCCUACAAAAUUCCAACAAGAAUCGCAAAUCUAUAUUUGGUAUGCCACAGAAUUCCAAUAUUCGACUUGCCGGAACUUCCAAUCAUCUUCAGACCCCAAAAGAACCACGUCAACAAAGACAACCAGAAGUAGUUGCAAUUGAAUCCGACUCUGACGACGAUUGCGUUAUUAUAAUGAGUAGACCAGCACGUCCCGGAAAGCCAAGGAUAAAUAAUCCGCCUCCUGUUAUAAAGAAUGAGCCAGUCUCUGAUUUGACCACUAAUAUAAGCACACCGAAGAUAGCCAGUGUCAGCCCUGACAAGAGCGUGUCGCCCGAUGAUUUUGAUAGAGAAUUAAGCCCCACCGAAGAAGAAAUGAUCGCAGCUCAAGCAUCAAUCCUUCGCCCAACUAUACAUCGAACUCAAUCUGAAGAGGAAGACUCUCCCGGACCGGUGAGAGAUGGUCGGAAGAGACGCAGAGAUAGCGUGGCGUAUCCCGAGGAUCAAGCAGAUAUUGAUAAUGCUAUGCAAGUCGAUGAAGAUGACAAUAAUUGGAUGCAUGACCAAGAAGAUGGAGGCGACGAUUCACAAGAGGAAUAUGAGAACCUUGUCAAGUUACGAAAUGCUUUAAACAAGGAUCUAGAUAAAGGAACUCUCGGGUUUACCGAAAGAGCUGAGCUCAUCAGGGUCAAUCACACUAUUGCCAAGUUGAAUCGCCUGAAGACUGCUAAAGCUAGGGGUGCUGAGGAUGAGGACGAAGACGAAGACGAAGAGUCGAUUUUCGUCCCUCAAGAAAGGCAUCGAAGAUUUCAAAAUGUUGCCGAUAAUGGUGAAGGCCCAUCUUCAAGACCUGGCGACAGCUUUGAAGAUAUUCAUGAUGAGGAUGCAGGUCUUGCUAGUAUGCUUCAGGAAGAGUUUGACGAUGGUCCUUCCAAAAAGCAAAAGCCCAAGAGAAAACGUCAAGCUCCAGCCAAAAAUGCUCGAGAAUUUCAGGCCAGGGAACAAGCAAAACUUCUUGAGAAAGAAAAAGCAAAGUCGCAAAAGCAAAAGGCCAGUGGAAGUGGUAAGAAAGAAAAGAGAUCCAAAAAGGGGGCUGUUAAGGUCGAUAGAAACAUGAAAGAAGCCAGGUUCAUGGGACAACGCGGAGGACAAGAUGAUAUUGGACAAUUGAUUUUGGAUGAUCUAAUGAAUUGCGAUGCGAUCGGAGAUCGUCUUCAAGAUCCUAUCUUCAAUUGCGCUCCCGAACCCGAACUUGGCGGAACCCGAAAUAAAGCCACCCAACUUCAACAACUUUUCGCCAAUAUUCCUGAAGGUAGUAGUAAGACUAAGGGAAAAUCUGACAAAGCAAAACUUUUGCAAGCUUCUCGAAGUUUUGGUUAUGCACAAGUCAAAGCCGUUCAUGGAAAAUGGCUUGUCAAGGGAAUGAAAUCGACCUUGUACCAUCAUCAACUACUCGGUGCACAGUGGAUGGUUUCUAGAGAACUGAGUUCUGAACCACCUCAUGGUGGUCUACUUGCCGAUUCGAUGGGUCUUGGUAAGACUGUGCAAACUCUGGCUUGCAUGGUUGGCAAUCCACCCACGGAAGAAGAUAAAAAGCGCGGAGUAACGGCGACAUUGAUCGUCGUUCCGUCUUCAGUCAUCUCCCAAUGGUUAGAAGAAAUUCGGAACCAUGUCCACGAAAAAGCAUUCCCCAAGGUGAUGCAGUACAAGGCAUCAAUGAAUAUCCCCGAAGCUGUCCUCAAAGAUUUAGACAUAGUCGUUACUUCCUACACAGAAGUUAUGAAGCAAUUUCCUUUCCCCAACCGUCAGGGCCGAGAAGAUAUUGCUAGGUAUGGAUAUAAAAAAUGGUGGAAAAACGCUCAUGAUCAACUUGGCGACCUUCACAAGAUUAAUUGGCGUAGAGUCGUUCUUGACGAAGCUCACACAAUUAAAAACAACUCUGCCAGAACAAGUUUGGCCUGCCAAAAUCUGAAGAGCGUUUAUCGGUGGUGUUUGACUGGUACUCCCCUUUUAAAUAGGCUCGAAGAUUAUGCUAUGAUGCGCCGUACUAUGAAGACUACGAUCCUCAAUCGACCAAUCAUUACUCUCCCUAAGCCCCACCCGGUUAUGCAACAGCUCAAUUUCUCUCGAGAAGAGAGGAUUAUUUAUCGAAUUACUGAGAACCGCUUUCGUGCAAACCUUAAUGUGUUUUUGGCCAACGGCACUGCUCAACGAGCCUAUGGAGUCUUCUUCGUUCAACUACUUCGUCUUAGACAAUGCACUUCUCACCCUUUUAUGCUUGAACGCACGAUGAGAGAGUCCUGGACUACCGAAGACGUUGAGCGACUUCGCAAGGAGCUUGGCAAAUUCAAGGACUCGAACGUAGCGUUUUACGAGCAAUGCAAGCUUUGGGUUACUGAAAGCGAAGAAGAGAGAGCGGAAGCUAUAGCUAGAGGUGAAAAGGGAGCCGAAGCUAUUCCUUUCGGACUUUCCAAAUUUGGUGAAAGCUUCAAAUUUGAUAGUGCUUUAGAUUCGCUCAAUGAGGAAGAACUUUAUACUCGGAUUACAUGUCAUCUUUGCUCAGAUGUUCCAAAUGAGCCUGUUAUUACUAAUUGCUCACACAUCUUCUGUCAGAGCUGUUUGACCAAUCAUCUACACACGCAGAUGCACCUGUCCGAUGGCGAUGACACGUUCAACGUUUGUCCCAAGUGUGACAUAAUCUUUACCAAUGCCUUGCCCUAUAAAGAUCUCGAAAUUCCUGAUGAUGACGGCAUGGACUCUGGUCACAACCAAGCUCAAGAAUCCGAAAGCUCAUCUAGGGCAAACAAGCGGCGUAAAACCAACAACGACAAUUCUCGUCGUACACAUGGAAUUAAGAGCAAAGGUUUGGAUGCGCUUGAUUUUGAACCCUUUACUAAAGACAAUACUUGGGUUACUAGAUCGGAUUAUGAUCCUAAAUUUCCUCUCAUUCCAAGUGCAAAGACUACGGCGUUGAAAGCUUUGCUUUUGAAAGGGUUUGAAGAGGCUCCUGAUGAUAAGGUAGUUAUUUACGUGCAAUUCCGCACGCUAGCCCGUAUCAUCGGCCGCAUGUGCAAAGCUGAAGGCUGGGGCUUUUUAUACCUCACCGGUGACGCCUCACUCGAGCACCGAAGCAAAGCCAUCAAAGAAUUUCGCAACCGCGACGACAUUCAAAUCCUAAUCGCCGGCCUCAAAUGCGGUGGUCUCGGACUCAAUUUCCCAUUUGCGAAUCGCUGCAUCUCGCUUGAUCUCUGGUGGAACCACGCCGUCGAGCAGCAAGCUUUCGGACGCAUCUUCCGCAUUGGCCAAAAUAAAGAAACGUUGAUGACGCGGCUCGUGGUGGCGAAUUCGGUGGAUAUGCGGUUGUUGGGGAUGCAGAAUUGGAAGUUGAAAGCGUGUGAGAAGGCGAUUGAUAAUAAUGGAUUGAGUGGUGCGAGUGGCAGUGCGGGAGGAACGUUGAAUUUGUCGCAGUUGGCGAGGUUGUUUGGAUUUUUGAAGACGGAUGAGGAUAAUAAUUUGUUGAGAAUUGAACCGGAUUAUGAGGAUGGGGAGGAUGCUAUGGAUGGGGGAGGAGCGUAGGAGGAGCGGAUGAGGAAAGUUGGAUGGGUUGAGUUUGGAUGGUUCUGGGGAUGGAGAUGGAGAUGGAGUAGAUUGAGGCGCGAAUUAAUAUUCUUUGAAGUUUUUGGGCUUGGGAAGCUGGGAAGCUGGGAAUUGAUUAACAAGUUAUUGUUUUUCUUUUUGCUGCAGGCGUUCAUAGGUGCGAGCUGGAGAAAGUUAUUAUUAUCAUUGAGUGAUUUGGUUUUGAGGGGUUCGAG